AUGUUGUCAAAGAUCUCUAAAGGCCUUGCCAGAAGCGUCAAGUCAAACCAAUAAGUCGUCUGCUGUGCAGUCAGAACUCUUGCCAAUUAAAACAGAGAUGAAGACGCCUUGAGAAGAUCAAACGUCGAUCAAGAUUUCGGAGUUCAACCUAAGGAUCAACAUUUACAGUUCUCAAAAGCACCAAUUAUGGGCAACUUCGGUGAAUUGGCUUUUGGCGAGAUCCCUGAACCACUUAAAUAUGUCAGACCUUUCUAGAUGACUACUCUUUCCAAUGGAAUCAGAGUUUGCACUGAGAGAACUAGCCACUAAACCGCAACUGUUGGAGUGUUCGUUGGAGCUGGUUCAAGACACGAAGACUUGGAAACCUCAGGCUCUGCUUAUCUCCUCGAAAAGAUGUUCUUCAGAGGUACCACUAGCAGAUCAAAGACUGAUAUUGCUGAUGCCAUUGAUAGCAUUGGUGCCGUUCAAUCAAAUACUACUGGAAGAGAGGUCUCCAACUUCACCCUCCAAGUUUUCAAGAAUGAUGUCAACAAAGCAGUAAGAAUUCUAGGAGACGCCGUCAGCAAUUCAGUCCUUAACGAGAAUGAAUUAGAGCUCGUUAAGGAAGAAGUUUCACAAGAGCAUGAAGAUAGUGAUCACAGAUACUUCGAGACCACCAUUGAAAACGCUCACUUCAAUGUUUACAGAGAACACAUGAUGGGACAACCAAUUAAGGGAGACAGAGAUGUUCUCUAAAACCUCAAAGCUGAUCACUUGAGAGAGUUCCACUCAACUAACUACUUCGGUGACAACAUCGUUGUUGUUGGAGCUGGUAACAUUAACCACGACGAGUUUGUCGCCCAAGUUAACCAACACUUUGCAUCUCUCCCCAAGUAAACUUCCUCAAAGAUUAAGAACAAGGAAAAGUCAGUCUUCAACCCAGCUCUUCUUUUCAUCAGAGACGAUGAGAUGAUCAACUCAAAUGUUGCAGUUUUCUACGAUGCUCCAUCAGUCAAAGACCCAGACUACUAUUCUUUCCUCCUCUUGUAAAAUAUGUUUGGUGAUUACAGAAUUGAUAAAAAUGCUGAGCACUUGAAUGAUGUAAAAAAGCAAUACAACUCAAUGCACGCUCUCCUCGGAGAUCUUCCAGAUGUUACCAGAUAGCAAUCCCUCUACUACGCUUACUCUGACAGCGGUAUCUGGGGUAACUAUUUCUAUGGAAACGAAGUCUUCACCAGACAAAUGAACUACUGUGGAGUUUGUCUCCCAACAAUCUACUCUCACUACCUCAACGAUGUAGAGGUUUUCAGAGGAAGAAACUCACUCUACAAUAGACUUCUCAGAAAGGAGGCUCCUUCAGAAAUUGCCUAAGAAAUCGGAUCUCAAGUCCUUUAUCUUAACAGAAGAGUCGCCAGAAGCGAAGUUGCCAAGAGAGUUGCUCAUUUGGAUAACUACCACCUUAAGCAUCUCUGCAACACAUGGUUCUAUGAUGCUGAGCCAUCAUUCACCAACUGGGGACCAAUUGAAGGUGUUUCACAAGUAGGUUCAUACAAAUACUUCAAAAUUAACACUAUGUCCACAGUCACCAACGCUCACCACUCACUCUUCACAUGA